CUUUCAUGCAGAGCUAACAAAUUCCAUAGUCUGCUAAGUUUUGGAAUUGCAUUUCACUCUAUUUCAGUGUAUAGAGUGAUGUAGCAAUGGCGGAAUAUGUUGCUAAACUUGGCAGUAACAUUUCCUCGGAAGAAGAAGUAUUGACUCUACAGCAGCUUCACUCUGCCCUGUCUGCAAUCAACCACAACUCCGGAUCUGACCAUAAUCUCACAGGCGUAGCUGAACAUAACAUUGAAUUGUUUGGAGAGGGCAAUCCGUACCACACAGCCUCAGUCAAUGAUCUCUGUCCAAGUCAGGCCAUUCUUGACAGGUUCACAUGCUAUGUGUUUGAGCGGCGGUUUGGUUGGUCAGAAACAGACACAGAGGAUGGUAGGAGGGUACGACACAUGUCAUGCUCUGGCGCCACCAUGUCGGCAGGGAGCAGUAAACAGAAAUCUGCUCUCAAUACUAUGCUGGACUGUCUUCUGAAAUGGUUUCUUCAUCAAGAAAUGGAUUUGAGACUUUUGCAGGCUUUGAAAUAUACAAUAGCACAAACCUCAAACCUGCCAGUGGUAAGAAACCGAGCUGUGAUUCACUCCCUGGAUUGGUUUAAACUAAACCAUGAAUCUCUCUGUGAUGACACUGUCUUUAAGCAAAUACAUGAUGUUGUUGUGUUGUCUGUCACGGACGUUUGGUCAGCUAUUCGAAAUGCAGCAACAUCUAGACUAUCCCAUAUCUCCGCAGCCUUCAACAUCCACCAUGUACAACAGCUGUUUGAAUCUCUAGUCAAGAUCUGUGAGAAGGAGGAAAGUUGGCAGAAAAAGGAAGGAGCAAUCAUGGGAAUCAAUGCCAUAUUACAGAGGUUUUUGAACAGAUCAAGCCCCAAGUCACCCAUGUCGUCUCCUAGAGUUCUGGAUGCAGAAAAGCAGGAGAGGGCAAUACCGGAGUUUAUAAGUGGGCGUAUCCAGUCUGUGGUGUUUGAUCUGUUAUCCCACUCCCAACUCACAAUCAGGGAACAUGCCGCCAAGACUCUUGCCACUUACAUUACCUGUUCCAGUGUUGACGAUGCGAUCAGUACCCUUAACGAUGUGGUUCAAAUACUCAGAAGCUACUCUAAAAAUACUGAGGUGCCCAUAGGCCUUGUGAUGUUGUUACAGAGCCAUUCAGGAAAGUUUGUGGAUGACUAUGCUGCCGAGGGCUUCCUUGGAGUCUGCAUCUUUCUUGUCAAGGUGAUUCCUCUGAGUUGCUUGUUGCCAUCCUGGCCUGAAUACAUCUCCACAUUCCUGCUGUAUCUCUCUCACCCAGCGUCUACUGUGCGACAGGCAGCUUCUUCUGUCUUUAAAUACCUUGUGGUAAAGAGCAGCCACAGCGUGGUGAUACUCAAGCUGUUGCUACAAGCUCUAGCCAUGGGUUGGAGCCCGGACACUGACGCUAUGACCCAGGAAUGUGAGCCACAGUCUACCUCCGUGGGGAAACCCUCUCCUUCAGUCUGCCAGUACACAGGUUCGAACCUGAGUGACUCAUGGGAGGGCCGCGAGGGACGAAUGUUUGCCUAUGAGCUGAUAUUCCGAUACCUCAUCAAGAACCAUUGGCUGUACACUUUUGGGCCUGCUGGGGCGGGCCUCCAUUCUGACCCUGCUGUUAGUAAAGAUGGACCUGGUGGUGUGUCAGACCAUGCUGAUGUAAAAAACAGUACAGAGAAUGAACUGUUGUCCAGUACUCCUAACCAGUUUGGAAUGCAUCAUGUUGAAUCUGAAAAGUCUUUAGCUUUUGAACGUCGUAGAAAUUGGCGUCAGGUAAGAUUUCUUACUCAGACAGAGUUAAAAGAAGAUACCGGCAUUGUAACACACGCUGGAGGAAGGCUUGGAAGGUUACAGAGUACUGAAACAGACCAGCUAUCCAGAAGUCCUCACAUGUCUCACUCCCCGGGGGCGGGGCUUGGGGGAGGGGCCGGUUUACCUGGAGGGAUGGGGCUGGCCCAAUACGAUCUCUCCUGCUCCCUACUCACCCAGGCCCAGCUACUGGAGGGGGCGUGGCAGGGUGCGGAGAGUAACCCUGCACACACAGGGGUCGACCGACAGGAGACACAGCUGAGGAGGCUCUCCCAGCUGCUGGAGAACAACAACAACAGAAACAGUAUGUGUCGGUGUGGCUGGAUGGAGAAGGAGUACCUGCAGGACAUGUCUCGUAUACUGAAGGUCAUCCUGUACCAGACCGCUGAGUGUCUCGGUCAUGCUCAGUGGGAACUCAGGAGGAUAGCCAAUCAGGUCCUGCCUUGUCUUGGCGAGGUGAUACGCUGGUACGACAUUAACCUCCUCGUCUCUGUGUGGAACAGCUACCUUAACGUUGCCAUGCCGACAUGUCUGAUGACCUUCACCUCUGUUCUGCUUCUCAAGGAGUCGGUGAUACAUGCCGUCAAACUGCUACCACUGUUACACAAACCCCCACACUCAUGGCAGGACCCUGAGAGAUGUCGGGAGUGCUUGUCACAGAUAACGGGGACAGUUAAGCACCGUGUCUCCGCCUACCUGCCCCACCUACAGUUCCUGGUUUCCCGACUGUCAUGUGAUCGGCUGUCUGUUCAGGCGGCAGAUGUUAUUCUCAUGGCAUAUGAGCAUCUCAGGAUCACCUCAGAUAAGAAGUUCCAACAUGUCCAUACAGUGUUAAAAAUGUGGCGUGAGAUAUUCCACGGUGCCCACCCACAGACCAGGAUCAGCCUGGAGCUACUACACACAGACCCUUCUCAACCCUUUCAAUCACCUUUUGAGGGAUACCUUAGUUGCUGUCUGGUGAAACCUGACAAUAAGACACAGUGUGCCAAGCAGGUGGAGAAGCACCUUGUGACUGAGAUGUACAACCGUUUCUCUGUGUUUGUGUCCAGCCUGCCGGUGGAAGACCGACUGUCUGUGACACCCAUCCUGGCACACUAUAUCGGGCAGUUUGAAGAAGAUACCCACAUCAGUAAAGCUAUGCUUGAUUGUUUACAGAGCCAUGCUGGUGACCUGAUGAAAUACCACAAUGAGCAUACAAGUGAGGAAAACCGAGCGUUUGUCACAAAAUGUGUCCUUAGUACUCUUAGGGAGUUGGCUGCAGUCAUAACUCUGAAGAGUGUGGAGUUGAGCCAGAUACAGAGAGUGCUUAGCAUCUACGGGGAGGUGUGUCCGUCCGUCUGCCUGUCCCAACAUCUACCAACGCUACUGUCCGGCAUCGCAGCAAGGCUAAAUGAGACAGUGGAGUUCAGCUUGCAUGUUGAAACACCAGCCUACCAGGUGGGCGGGGAGAAUGAGGAUCUCUCCCUUCUUUCCAACGACAUCCCGGCCACUGAGCCACCCAGUGUUGAUACUUCAGACUCUGAGGAGGAUCUGCACGCAGUUGGGUCCCCUAGUAAGCGUUUUCGGGAGAGCCUGACACUGAACACUAGUAACAACAGUGGAAGCCUGAGUGGGCGGCUGAGUUCAUUGAGUGCCCACAGUGUGGAUGGGGAGGGAUCGGUGACGCCCGAGGGAGGGUCUGGAGAUGAGGAGACCAGCUCCGACUGGGACAGCUGGGAUGAAGAGGAGGAGGGUCAGUCAGCAUUUGGGGAUACCUUUGCUGUCUUCUUGGGAAAACUCCAGAAAUCAAGUACAAGAGACUUUCAAGCAGAGCUGAAACAAUUACCAAUCAAGCAGCGGACAGUUAUAUUGAACUUGCUGAAAAACUAAAGAGAGAGAGACACAGACCUGCUCAAUUUACAUCAGAGAGACACAAAAGUGCUUACAUGAAUGUCAACAAUACACAAAACUACCGGAACUAGCAAGUACAUCAGAGAAACACAAAUUGCUUACAUGUAUGUAUAUCAAAGAGACAUAAAAAUACUUAAAUGUACAUCAGAGAGACACAAAAAUGCUUACAAAUACAUUGGAGAGGCACCAAAUUGCCAAAGAGAGACAAGUGCUGGCAUGUACAUCAGAGAGGCAUAAAGCUGCUUACAUGUAAAUGCUCAAAGUAGUAUCCAGUAGAUUAGCUACAUCUAAUCAUGAUUCAUUUUUACAAGUCACAACUUUGUGAAAAUAGUUUUUAUAAUGAUAAGAAAAAGACAAAAUAAGUAACGAAACGGAAAAAAAAUAAAUUAAUAGUUACCAUAAGAGCAUUGUAUUUUCUACUGUAUGUACCAGUAGACCUAUGAACAAAGUACGCAAAAUGGUGUUAUAGCAUUAGAAAAUCUAUCUGUGUGCAUGGAUUAUAAAUUGAAGUAAAAUACAGGUUGUUGGUAAUAUAUUUAUUAUCUUAACCAUACAGCAUAAAAACACAUUGAAUCUCAUUGUUUCGCCCUAAAUGAUAUUAAAAAUAAAAUAAGUUCCGCACACAUUGCAUGAUUUGUGAAAUACUGUAAAUAGGGAUACUGAAAUUUUCUGUACGGGUAGAGGUCAGAAUUUGUCUGAAAUUCGGGUAUUUUUAACUGCAGAUUUCCGCAAGAAUUAAGCUUUGAUAAACAAACUUUAUGAAAAGAAUUGCCUCUUAUGUUAACUUUACAUAUGACUUGUUGAAUAGCAUUACUCUGUUAAAUGUGACUUGUUGAAUAGCAUUACACUGUCAUAAUUUUGUAAUGUAAAUAUAUGUGUAAAUAUGUACAUACAUCAGUCAUUGAAAUUAGACUUCUGGAUGAACAAGCCCGAAUUCAUAUACUAUAGCUUGGCAUCAAAUUUUUGAACAAGCCCUGCUAUAUAAAAUUCAGAAUUUGAGCAAGCCCGGAAGACAUUUUACCAGUGCAGGGCUUGCGGGCUUGUGUUAAAUUUGACCACUGAUGCAUGUAUGCUUGUUCUUAGCAUUGUAUCCCAAUCAUGAAAAUAGAAUUUAGUAUUAAAAUAAUUUAUAUAUUGUCAUGUCAGGUGGUAUUAAGAGCCACAAAUUCCACCAUAUUUUAAUAAUUAGAUGUAUACUAUUUAUUGUAUAGACAUGUAAAUUAUUGUAAAUAGUAAUCUGUGAUACUUGAUUCUCUUGCCAUAUAAUGGUUGUUUCUUGUAGGGACCAUACUUUGUAUUUCAAAGAAUAUCCAGAGAUUGACUCUUAAACCUAUUCUUUCAUGUCUUGUAUUUUGCAUUAAUUGUAAUGGUUACCGUAUAUAGCAUAUUCCUUUUGAAUGUUAAGGAGUUAGACUAGGAAGACAUGCUUUUUUGUCUUUCUGUAAAAAGCUUACUCUGGAAACUACUACAUGUAGUUCAAUGUUGGAGUGUAGUUCAAUGUUGGAGUGUAGUUCAAUGUUGGAGUGUAGUUCAAUGUUGGAGUGUAGUUCAAUGUUGGAGUGUAGUUCAAUGUUGGAGUGUAGUUCAAUGUUGGCAUGGCAUGUAGUUCAAUAUUGGCAUGUAGUUCAAUAUUGGCAUGUAGUUCAAUAUUGGCGUGUAGUUCAAUAUUGGCAUGGCAUGUAGUUCAAUAUUGGCAUGUAGUUCAAUACUGGCGUGUAGUUCAAUAUUGGCAUGGCAUGUAGUUCAAUAUUGGCAUGGCAUGUAGCUCAAUAUUGGCAUGUAGUUCAAUGUUGGCAUGUAGUUCAAUGUUGGAGUGUAGUUCAA